GGUGGGUGGGGGCCUUGAGGAGGGGGCCGAUGUCGGGAGAGGGAGGAGCCUGCACCGGAGAGGCGGGCCAGGCAACAGGAGGGAGCGGGAACGAGCGGGAAGGGGGCCAAGCCGACUCUGGUUCGCUCCUAUGGCCUGCCUGCUUCUGGUUUUUGCGGGGCAGACGCGUGGUCUCCUGCUGUCCGCCUCUAUUCCCACUGCUAAGGGUGGCAAGAGGCACCGCCUUGGGAGGGGCUAGUUAGCCCGAUGCCCCCACCACUCCAGCCCAUGACAGCUGGCCCUGCACACCCACACACUCCCCCGUCUACACCUCUUCACUGGGAGUGGCCUAUGCUGGGAACCUGCCAUUCCCAGCUGUGUCCCUGCCUCUUACCGAGGUAGUUUUUAAAUGCUGGCCAAGCACUCUGCUGCACAGUUUUUGCCUAACAUUCCCUUCUGAGAGAGCUGGUGGAUGAAGGGACUGAGGCCACAUAUGGGGCACCUGUGAGCACCUGUUCAUCUCUCACCUAGUAAAACUGUUUUAAUUCCCUUCUCUCAUCCCCAACAAAAACAAAAACUCACCCUAUAUUGGAAGGAAAGGAAUCCAGAGGGAGGGCUUUCUUCCCACAACCACUGGCCCCUGCGUAGGCCUUGGUUUCCAUAAAUGGUGAUAAACAUCAGGGCUUGGCCUUAGUCUUCUGCAUCUGGGGUCUUUCAGCCUACUUUACUAUAGUAUCAUGGAUUUCUCCAAGCCUAGGUCAGGGACCUGUGACAUUGAGGACUGGGUUUGGAAUGGGUCCUGGGCCUUCAGGACAGGUGGUCAGUCACUUAGGCCUUAGUGUGGCUGGUAUUUGAGGUUCUUUGGAACUAAGACUCUGGCUGAAAUUUGUACUUCCCUUGAGGAAUUCUGGGACUUGUAGUUCUAAAUUAACCUUAUGGCUUUUGAAGCUGAGAAGCAGUAGGCUGCUCUGAUUCCUCUGGCCCUGCUAAGGCUUGGAGUUCAGGAUGUCAUGCCCUCCUGUAGUAGGGGGAGAGUUUGGUUGACCUCAGGACUGGCCUGGAGAGCCCUGAUUAGGUACUAGCUGGCAGCCAGGGAUAGCCUGUAACCUCCUGUCUUCUUCUGGUUGGUAGCAUUUCUGGGGACCACCAGCUGGCUGAGGCUCAGGGAGAGAGACGGCUAUUCCAGCUAAAGCGGCCUCGGACCCUGCGUGGGCUGUGGAGUGGAUUGAACUUCCUCGGGGCCUCUCUCUAUCUUCUUUGGGAUCUGUUCGGACCCUCCGUGGCUGGAGCCGGUCCUCCCGCCCUUCCUCGGUGGACAGCCAGGACUUGCCAGAGGUGAAUGUUGGAGACACAGUCGCAAUGCUGCCAAAGUCCCGGAGAGCCCUAACUAUCCAGGAGAUUGCUGCGUUGGCCAGAUCCUCCCUGCAUGGUAUUUCCCAAGUGGUGAAGGACCACGUGACCAAGCCUACUGCCAUGGCCCAGGGCCGAGUGGCUCACCUUAUUGAGUGGAAGGGAUGGAGCAAGCCAAGUGACUCGCCUGCUGCCUUGGAAUCAGCCUUUUCCUCCUAUUCAGACCUCAGUGAGGGUGAACAAGAGGCUCGCUUUGCAGCAGGAGUUGCCGAGCAGUUUGCCAUUGCAGAAGCCAAGCUCCGGGCAUGGUCUUCGGUGGAUGGCGAGGACUCUACUGAUGACUCCUAUGAUGAGGAUUUUGCUGGGGGAACUGACACAGACAUGGCUGGGCAGGUGCCCCUGGGGCCCCACCUCCAGGACCUCUUCACUAGCCGUCGUUUCUCCCGGCCUGUGCGCCAGGGCUCCGUGGAGCCUGAGAGCGACUGCUCGCAGACCGUGUCUCCAGACACCCUGUGCUCUAGUCUGUGCAGCCUGGAGGAUGGGUUGCUGGGCUCUCCAGCCCGGCUGGGCGAUGAGCUGCUUCUUGCCAAACUGCCCCCCAGCCGGGAAAGUGCCUUCCGCAGCCUGGGCCCAUUGGAGGCCCAGGACUCACUCUACAACUCACCCCUCACGGAGUCCUGCCUUUCCCCCGCUGAGGAGGAGCCAGCCCCCUGCAAGGACUGCCAGCCACUCUACCCACCACCAGUGGGCAGCUGGGAACAGCAUCGGCAAGCCUCUGAUGUGGUCUCUUCUGGGGUGGUGUCCUUAGAUGAGGAUGAGGCGGAGCCAGAGGAACAGUGACUCAAGUCAUGCCUAGUGGUGGCAUGUGUCCCCUGGCUGCUGCUAGGGGCAGACCCUCUGUGCCCAAGUGUGGGCUCAAGGCUCCCAGCAGAGCUCUGCAGCCUAGAGGGCUCCUGGGAGCACUCACUUCUCUAUUGUGUGUUUUGCAUGAAAGUGUUUGGAGAGGAGGCAGGGGCCGGCCUGGGGGCGCAUGUCCUGCCCCCACUUCUGGGGCUUGCCGGGGGGGUUGCCCGGGGCCCCGGGGCAUGGCUACAGCUGUGGCAGAUAGUAAUGUUCAUGUUCUUAAAUCAAAAACUCCACACACACAUUUCCUCCUUGGAUGAUCUGAACCCCUGAGAGGGUUGUUAUGACUGGGCCAUGUGUGGGUACCGUGGGAGGGGGCCUGGCCACCUCUCCACCCUCCCCAUGCCUCUCUCUUCUCUGCUUUUCUCCUCUCCUUCGAGUCUAUAUGCAGUGCUUGAUAGAACCACUCCCACGCCAGGGGCUGGCUCCUGCCCUCCUGGAGCCUAUAAUGGAGCCAUCCCCCAAGGGCCCCUUGCCCAUCUGGGCUCGUGCUGUGCUUCACCUCUCCAUUGUCUCUAAAUCUUCUUUUUUCCUAAAGACAGAGGGUUUUUGGUCUGUU